AUGGGAAGCUCCACCUCAUCUCUCAACGAGGACCCUGAAUGUGAUCAUCAAGGACCUCGUGGGCGUCGGGGCUAUGACAGACAGCACUCCUCUGUCAUGGGGUGCUUCAGGAUCAGCCAGAGCACCCCUGCAUGGGGGGCUAACUUCAUUCCGGCUCUGCAGCUGCAGCGGCCCACUGCUGGCAACCGUGAGCGCAGGUAAGCUGGUCCUUUAUGCUUGUGGUUGGUCUUUGAGAAUAUGAACCCUUAGUAUUAGGUGCCUUUUUGGCUGUGAGCUCACAAUUGCUUGUUAGACACUGGACUGUCACUCAAGUACAAACACAGGGUUAAAUGCCCCGCGCUCCCGCGCUCCCAAACCCUAAACAAGGCACAACGUUUAAGCAUGAUUUUACUUCCAUUAUAUAAUUAAUUCAAUAUCUGCUGUAUCUAAUAUAAUACUAUGAUGUUAUAGACUCACACAUUUAUCACACAACUGUAAUUGUUUUCUUUUCACCAGGUGUCAGGUUGCCUGCCUGUGCCUUCAGGAAAUGUAAUAUGCUAUGGGAAUCCCUGAUGUUGCUACUCUGCUCUGCUCUGCUCUGCUCCUCGGGCCUAAGAGUGCCUAAUAGUGAUGCAACGGUGGGCUCAAAAACUUGAGUCUCACAUUUUGAUUCUCUACAUAAGAAUCAAAUGUGUAGAUGACAUAUAUUAUUAUUAUUACUACUACUUUUGACGCACAGGGCCGCCCCACUAUUGUUAUUGAUUUUGUUGCUGAGCUGAGGAUUGUCGCGCAGCACGUUUAAAAAAUAUAUAUAUAUAUAUAUAUAUAUAUAUCUCGCGUGCAAUGAUGUCAAAUGGGGAAAACAGUGUUAGUUGUUUGCAGUAACUUACUACUUUGCUUGGCCUCACAUUUCUCUAGCAGUAUACUGUCAUGGUUUGGCACCGAGCCCAAUUCUGAUUCAAUUUCAAAAAAAGUUACAGCAAACAACGAACACUGUUUUUCCCCCUUUGACAUCAUUGCACGCAAGAUAUAUAUAUAUAAAAAAUUACGUGCUGCGCGACGAUCCUCAGCUCAGCUCAGCAACAAAAACAAUAACAAUAGUGGGGCGGCCCUGUGCGUCAAAAGUAGUAGUAAUAAUAAUAAUAUAUGUCAUUUAGCAGACGCUUUUGCACUUUAUAGGGAAUACUCUGGUUAAAAGUAGUACACUAUAAAGGGAAUAGGAUGGGCUGUGGCAGUAACUGUGUGUGUCUGUGUGUAUGCGUGUGUUAGAACACGCUUGGCUUGGAUACAAUUUGUAUCAUCUGUAUUUGUGCUCAGGUCGUGUGUGUGUGUAUGUUUUGCUAAUAUGUGUUGUGUGUCCAGGUACUUUGACUCAGUGGACAUCUGUAAGAUCCAUUCCGACUGGCAGGAGCUGCGUGUGCCGGGCAUCUUCCCUCGAGGAGCCAGCUUACCCGUGACUGUGACCUCACUCACCGUGCUGGAGAGAACCACGCUGGAGACCGCCCUUUUCCAGGAGGGGAGCCGGUACGCACAGGAAUCCCACUGUUCUACCAGUGUGUGUGUGUGUUUGUGUGUGUCUGUCACACCAUUCAGCCAGUUAAACCCGCAGGACCAGAUUACAGAAUUAAAAGUGUGUGUGUGUGAGUUAGCCAGAGACUCCCUCCUUCUGGACCUACGGAGGAGGAAGGUCCCACUGGCCACUGACACUGAGGACAACUUCCUGGGCUUCAGGAGGUAGGCCAAUGGAAAAUUGGACACUCGUGCUGUGAGUUUUUGAGUCUGGUCAGACUGACUGGACCUCAACGACCUGUGCGACUGGACUGGAGUGGAGCUCAGAUGGACACGGACUGAUAUGCAAACUGAGCCAGUGACUGCCUCUGAUGCAGCCAGUCGCACAGGUCGUUGAGGUCCAGUCAGUCUGACCAGACUCAAAAACUCACAGCACGAGUGUCCAAUUUUCCUGCCACCAACAGUACACAUCCAUAAACAUUAUUGUGUAAGAGGAUGCUGGUUUGAUGUUGAUGAUAAUGAUGUGUUUUCCUGUGUGCCAAAUAAACUAGAUGUUGUUUGUAUUUGUAUUUAUUAAGGGAUCCCUGCCAAGGCAGCAGCUACUCUUCCUGGGGUCCAGCAACAUUAAGGCAGUUAUAUACAAUAUUACAUGACAUUACAUUUCAUAACGCUUUUCACAACACAUUAAGUGUGUGCCCUCAGGCACUACUCUACUACCACAUAUAUACAAUAUAAAAUCCAUGUGUACGUGUGUGUAGCGUGCGUGUGUUAUCAUGUGUAUGCGUUGUUGUUGUGGUGGAGGUGCUCAUUUUGAAAGUGGGCUGCUCAUUUGACGGCUCCAGAUUGUGGGCCUAGGGCAAAGCAGUUUGCUAGGUACUGCUCUGUUUCAGCUGUUGUGGGCAGCCUAGCUGUUUGGAGAAGGAGGUGCUUUCUGUACCCUUAAGUGCCAUGCAUACAGAUACCUUUUUUAAUGUAAAUUUGAUUGGUGGAUUCAAAUAAAGUAUUUAAAGUGUGGAUGCUAUUGUUUGUCUCUGCUCUGUGUGACAUCAUAACUAGGUCAUUAAGCAGGAAGGACUCUCAGGAAUCUCACUUGUGUUAAUGCUUCUGGCCAUGCCACACCCACACAUCUAGAUGAAUGAGGAAAUAGGUUGUGCUGCAUAUAAAAACAAAACAAUAAAUACUGUUAUUUAUCGAUAUAUGUUGAAAUGCCUGUAAGAUUAUCCUUGGCCAGAGGUACUCAGGGUACCCAGAGGCACUUCGUACCCUCAGCUUCUCCCAAACUGCCUUGACUUUACCAGAAAGCUGCUAAAGACUGACUUCAGAGCCUGGUUACCCUCCUUCGGAGCUCACGGGUCGCCACACAAGGAACUCAAACAAACUGGCCAUCCCAAGAUGUCCAACGGAGAGAUACAGGAGAUCGUUAUACCAUAUUUGAGCAGGCUCCUAAAUGAAAAACGAUUUUAGCUUAGAAAUGUAUAGCACUUUAAAUUGUUGUAUUUAUUUAAUAUUUAUGUUUUUUAUUGUAACAUCAAAGUAACUUAGUGUUUUUAAUGACAACUGUUUUUAAGGACCUGUAAUAAUGCUGAAAGACUAAUAAACUAAACUAAAAAUAUAUCAAUGUAUAUUUACAAGAACACUGAACUGUUAUGGUCUAAUGAACCCUGUUCCUUCACUUUGUGUGAAAUACCUAACCUUUUUACAUCUGACUACCAUUCCCUUUCCCUCCCUUUCCCUCUGUUUCUAUCUAUAGCAUCUAUUCUUCAAAUCGCCACCCUUUGCCUUAUUGACAGCUUUGCACACUCUUGGCAUUCUCUCAACCAGCUUCAUGAGGUAGUCACCUGGAAUGCAUUUCAAUUAACAGGUGUGCCUUGUUAAAAGUUAAUUUGUGGAAUUUCUUUCGUUAAUGCGUUUGAGACAAUCAGUUGUGUUGUGACAAGGUAGGGGGGGUUUACAGAAGAUAGCCCUAUUUGGUAAAAGACAAAGUCCAUAUUAUGGCAAGAACAGCUCAAAUAAGCAAAGAGAAACAACAGUCCAUCAUUAUUUUAAGACAUGAAUGUCAGUCAAUACGGAACAUUUCAAGAACUUUGGAAGUUUCUUCAAGUGCAGUCGCAAAAACCAUCAAGCGCUAUGAUGAAACUGGCUCUCAUGAGUACCGCCACAGGAAUGGAAGACCCAGAGUUACCUCUGCUGCAGAGGAUAAGUUCAUUAGAGUUACCAGCCUCAGAAAUUGCAGGCCAAAUAAAUGCUUCACAGAGUUCAAGUCACAGACACAUCUCAACAUCAACUGUUCUGAGGAGACUGUGUGAAUCAGGCCUUCAUGGUCGAAUUGCUGCAAAGAAACCACUGCUAAAGGACACCAAUAAGAAGAGACAUGCUUGGGCCAAGAAACACGAGGCAAUGGACAUUACACCGGUGGAAAUUUGUCCUUUGGUCUGGAGUCCAAAUUGGAGAUUUUUGGUUCCAACCGCCGUGUCUUUGUGAGAGACGCAGUGUAGGUGAACGGAUGAUCUCUGCAUGUGUAGUUCCCACCGUCAAAUUUGUUUAACACUUUUUUGGUUACUACAUGAUUCCAUAUGUGUUAUUUCAUAGUUUUGAUGUCUUCACUAUUACUCUACAACGUAGAAAAUAGUACAAAUAAAGAAAACCCUUGAAUGAGUAGGUGUGUCCAAACUUUUGACUGGUCUGUACAGUGAGGGAAAAAAGUAUUUGAUCCCCUGCUGAUUUUGUACGUUUGCCCACUGACAAAGACAUGAUCAGUCUAUAAUUUUAAUAGUAGGUUUAUUUGAACAGUGAGAGACAGAAUAACAACAACAAAAAUCCAGAAAACGCAUGUCAAAAAUGUUAUAAAUUGAUUUGCAUUUUAAUGAGGGAAAUAAGUAUUUGACCCCCUCUCAAUCAGAAAGAUUUCUGGCUCCCAGGUGUCUUUUAUACAGGUAAUGAGCUGAAAUUAGUAGCACACUCUUAAAGGGAGUGCUCCUAAUCUCAGUUUGUUACCUGUAUAAAAGACAGCUGUCCACAGAAGCAAUCAAUCAAUCAGAUUCCAAACACUCCACCAUGGCCAAGACCAAAGAGCUCUCCAAGGAUGUCAGGGACAAGAUUGUAGACCUACACAAGGCUGGAAUGGGCAACAAGACCAUCGCCAAGCAGCUUGGUGAGAAGGUGACAACAGUUGGUGCGAUUAUUCGCAAAUGGAAGAAACACAAAAUAACUGUCAAUCUCCCUCAGCCUGGGGCUCCAUGCAAGACCUCACCUCGUGGAGUUGCAAUGAUCAUGAGAACGGUGAGGAAUCAGCCCAGAACUACACAGGAGGAUCUUGUCAAUGAUCUCAAGGCAGCUAGGACCAUAGUCACCAAGAAAACAAUUGGUAACACACUACGCCGUGAAGGACUGAAAUCCUGCAGUGCCCGCAAGGUCCCCCUGCUCAAGAAAGCACAUAUACAUGCCCGUCUGAAGUUUGCCAAUGAACAUCUGAAUGAUUCAGAGGACAACUGGGUGAAAGUGUUGUGGUCAAAUGAGACCAAAAUGGAGCUCUUUGGCAUAAUCUCAACUCGCCGUGUUUGGAGGAGGAUGAAUGCUGCCUAUGACCCCAAGAACACCACCCCCACCAUCAAAUAUGGAGGUGGAAACAUUAUGCUUUGGGGGUGUUUUUCUGCUAAAGGGACAGGAUAACUUCACCGCAUCAAAGGGACGAUGGACGGGGCCAUGUACCGUCAAAUAUUGGUUGAGAACCUCCUUCCCUCAGCCAGGGCAUUGAAAAUGGGUCGUGGGUGGGUAUUCCAGCAUGACAAUGACCCAAAACACACGGCCAAGUCAACAAAGGAGUGGCUCAAGAAGAAGCACAUUAAGGUCCUGGAGUGGCCUAGCCAGUCUCCAGACCUUAAUCCCAUAGAAAAUCUGUGGAGGGAGCUGAAAGUUUGAGUUGCCAAACGUCAGCUUCGAAACCUUAAUGACUUGGAGAAGAUCUGCAAAGAGUAGUGGGACAAAAUCCCUCCUGAGAUGUGUGCAAACCUGGUGGCCAACUACAAGAAACGUCUGACCUCUGUGAUUGCCAACAAGGGUUUUGCCACCAAGUACUAAGUCAUGUUUUGCAGAGGGGUCAAAUACUUAUUUCCCUCAUUAAAAUGCAAAUCAAUUUUUUACAUUUUUUACAUGCGUUUUUCUGGGUUUUUCUGUUAUUAUUCUGUCUCUCACUGUUCAAAUAAAUCUACCAUCAAAAUUAUAGACUGAUCAUUUCUUUGUCAGUGGGUAAACGUACAAAAUCAGCAGGGGAUCAAAUACUUUUUUCCCUCACUGUAUAUACUGUUCACAAAAAAAAGGUUUGUGGGCUGUGACGUGAUGCUGGAGCCUGCGGAGUUCGCCGUGUUCUGCUGUGCCUUCAAUCACUGGGAGAACACAGAGACUGAGACCCACCGGCCAGGCAAGAACACACACACAUUGGUACACAAGCAUGGAUGAACAUAUACACUCACCGGGUCAUUUAUUAGGUACACCAUCCUGUUCACGAAAAUUGAUCGCUCCUACAGAUAGUGAGUCACAUGGCCAUAGCUUGCUAUAUAAAGCAGGCAGACAGGCAUCGAGGCAUCCAGUUACUGUUCGAUUGAACGUAAGAAUGGGCAAAACGAGUGACCUACGCGACUUUCAGCAUGGUAUGAUCAUCGGUGACAGGCGCGCCGAAUCCAUUAUCUCAGAAACAGCCGCCCUCCUGGGCUUUUCACACACGACAGUGUCUAGUGUUAACCGAGAAAAAACUAAAAACAUCACGGAUGGGCUAUUGCAACAGACGACCACUCCUUUCAGAUAAAAACAAGAAGAAGAGGCUCCAGUGGGCACGCAAUCACCAUGGGUGUACCCAAUGAACUGUCCGGUGAGUGUAUAUACGCGUGCAUGCCCACACACACAAGAAACACACAUAAAAAAGCAUUAUGAAAGGUGUUAUAACCACUUUGUGUCCCUGUAGAGUCCAGCCCUAGUCAGGAGCUCCCUGGUUAUACCCUGGCUGUCCACAGCUCCAGACAGGUGAUGGUGGAGCGGGUUCAGCCAAGACCAUAUUAGACGCCAUUAUUCUACUGACCGAGACCCAGGCGGAGAGACACGAGGUGAGACCUUACCUGCAGCAGAAAUCAGGAUUUAUUUCAGUCCAGGUUACACCUGGGCAUCUUUGGAUGUUGGUGCCACUCAGAUGCACACACAUUUUAACAUUCAUGUUUACAGUCAUUGUACAUGUGCAAAAACACACAUAAAAUGUGAUCAUGUCAUACAAUAUACUUUAUAAAAAUCAAACAAACCAAUUUUUUUUUAUAUAGAAACAGGAACCCUGAAAGAGAAGAAGAGCACCUGUCUCAUUAUUGAUGUCCCACUGUUGCUCCCUGCAGGGCCGGGAAGGCAUGACAUUUUACUACCUCACCCAUGGGUCGGCGGGGAUCAUGGUGGGAGAGAACCGCCACCCCAGGUACCACCUCCACGUCUCAUGACUAUCGACAGCAUCCCUCCCCUUUAUAGGUACAGUACACAUCAACAACCUCUAACACUAAAGCCUCAUUUUUACCUUCCGUUUCAAUCGAACGUCUGCUCCCGUCUGCACAGGAUUCAGCCCCCACCUCAGUUUUCGUAGUCCGUGCGGACAUGUGCAAACGGGAGCGGAUAUUCGAUAUUGUCACGAUCGUCGUAUUGAACAGACCAAGGCGCAGCGUGAUGAACGAACAUACUUUAAUUAGUUAAAGUGUAAACACGAUACAAAACAAGAAACGACUCGUGAAGUCCACGGUAACAAUGACCGAACACGGAACAAGAACCCACAAACACAAAGGGAAAACAGACAGUUUAAAUAUGGCUCCCAAUCAGAGACAACCAGCCAACAGCUGACACUCGUUGCCUCUGAUUGGGAGUCACUCAGGCAAACAUAGAAUAAAACAAACUAGAACCCCCAACAUAGACAUAUAACACAUAGAAUAAACACACCCUGGCUCAACAAAUAGAGUCCCAGAGCCAGGGUGUGACAGUACCCCCCCCUAAAGGCGCGGACUGCGACCGCGCCUCAACUAAAGCAAAACAGGGGAGGGCUGGGCGGGCAUACCUCCUCGGCGGCGGUUCUGGCUCCGGCCUUGCCCACCACCCUCCAAUAAACCCCCCAUAGCGCCCCUGGUCCAGUCUGGCCCCGCUGGCUGGAGCUGAACUGGACGUAGCAGGAGCGGUUAGCUUCAGCUCCGUAGUGGAGUAGUUGGCCGGUACCUUACCAGGCACCGGUGACCCAGGCACGGGUUGUGCUGGACUGACGACGCGCACCCCUGGCUUGGUGCGUGGAGGGGGAACGGGCCUUAACAGGCUGAAGACGCGCACCCCUGGCUUGGUGCGUGGAGGAGGAACGGGCCGGACCAGGCUGACGACUCGCACCCCUGGCUUGGUGCGAGUGGCAGGAACAGGCCGGGCCGGGCUGGCGACGCGCACCGUAGAUUUGGUGCGAGUGGCAGGAACAGGCCGGGCCGGGCUGACGAUGCGCACCCCUGGCUUGGUGCGUGGAGUAGGAACGGGCCGGACCAGGCUGACGACUCGCACCCCUGGCUUGGUGCGAGUGGCAGGAACAGGCCGGGCCGGGCUGGCGACGCGCACCGUAGACUUGGUGCGAGUGGCAGGAACAGGCCGGGCCGGGCUGGCGACGCACACCGUAGGCUUGGUGCGUGGAGCAGGGACAGGCCGGACCGGGCUGGCGACGCACACCGUAGGCUUGGUGCGUGGAGCAGGGACAGGCCGGGCUGGGCUGUCGACGCACACCGUAGGCUUGGUGCGUGGAGCAGGGACAUGCCGGGCUGGGCUGUCGACGCACACCGUAGGCUUGGUGCGUGGAGCAGGGACAGGCCGAACCGGGCUGUGGAGACGGAUAGGAGACCUGGAGUGAAGAGCGGCCACAACCCGUCCUGGCUGAAUGCCUACCCUCACACACUCUGUGUGAGGAAUCCGCACAGGACGUACAGGGCGGUGUAUCCGUAACCUGGUGGCCGUCUGAAUCCGCCCCUUUUCUGCCUCCGUCGGCCCCGUCGUCCAUGCCGUGUGCCCCCCCCUAAAAAUUCUGGGGUUGCCUCUCGCCUGUCAGACGUUGACCCGUUUGGCGCCUCCACCGUCUCUUCUCCCGGCGCUUCCUCCCAUGUCCAGCCCAAGAGCUGCCCCUGGACACGCUGCUUGGUCGUUGCAUGGUGGGUUCUUCUGUCACGAUCGUCGUAUUGAACAGACCAAGGCGCAGCGUGAUGAACGAACAUACUUUAAUUAGUUAAAGUGUAAACACGAUACAAAACAAGAAACGACUCGUGAAGUCCAAGGUAACAAUGACCGAACACGGAACAAGAACCCACAAACACAAAGGGAAAACAGACAGUUUAAAUAUGGCUCCCAAUCAGAGACAACCAGCCAACAGCUGACACUCGUUGCCUCUGAUUGGGAGUCACUCAGGCAAACAUAGAAUAAAACAAACUAGAACCCCCAACAUAGACAUAUAACACAUAGAAUAAACACACCCUGGCUCUGGGACUCUAUAUGUUGAGCCAGGGUGUGUUCAUUCUAUGUGUUAUAUUUCUAUGUUGGGGGUUCUAGUUCUUCUGUUUCUUUGUUGGCCUGAGUGACUCCCAAUCAGAGGCAACGAGUGUCAGCUGUGGCUGGUUGUCUCUGAUUGGGAGCCAUAUUUAAACUGUCUGUUUUCCCUUGGUGUUUGUGGGUUUUUGUUCCAGUUGGUCAUUGUUACCUAGGACGUUACGAGUCGUUUUGUAUCGUGUGUGCACUUUAACUAAUUAAAGUAUGUUCGCUCAACACGCUGCGCCUUGGUCCUCCUCUAUGUAUGACGAUCGUGACAGAUAUUGAAUAAUUUUGUUUGAGCGGACCUAGCAGACAUCUUUGACCUAUCUAGUGCCUUAAGUGCGAUAAACGCGCUUUAUAAAGAAAAUUAAUUCGUAUUAUUAUAUCCAUCUCUCUUUCUCUCUAUCUCAGACUGGUGUUGGUGGUUCUGUCUCCGUUGGAUGGCAACUCUGGUUUCUCCAUCACACACAGAUUGGCCUACAGGAAGGCAGUCCACGCCUUGCUGGGUGACUGGACCCCUACCAAGGCCACUCACAGGCCCCCCGCUCACCCACCACACAGCAGGCCUCCAUCGGCCCACUUUGACCAAGGACUCUACCUCCUACACCAGGGCUUUCCAAUUAUUUUCCUGGAG